AAAAUCCAAUCUUUCUUUCCUCUCUUGUGCUGUCUGUGUCCACUCCCCUGAGAUGGAGCCUCUUGCUCCCGGUUUCGAUCUUAAGGCAACAUAUCGUUCUGUGAUACCUGCUAAACUGGGAAAACCCACUUCAUUGCUGUUUCAUUCGCGUAGGUUUUUGUCUCCUUACCGCCAUAUAAACCUGAAACAUAAAAGUGAGGUUCCAUCAUCAGUAGAAGCACAUGGGAAGGUCCAGCGCAGUGGCCAGGGGUUUAUGGAAUCUGUGGCGAAAAGGGCUUUGGGAUUUGGCGCUUCCGCCGCUCUACUGUUGUCUAUCUUCUCCGAUUCACCCGCCUUUGCUGAAUCUCUCACCGUGGCUUUUCCUGUAUCUCGAGCACCUGAGGUGAAUGCAGUUCAAAGAACUCUCGUGGAAGCAUGGGGUUUAAUUCGAGAAACAUUUAUUGAUCCUACAUAUAAUCAUCAAGAUUGGGACCUGAAGUUGCAGCAAACAAUGGUGGAAAUGUUUCCCCUGCGCUCGGCUGAUGCUGCAUACAUGAAAAUCAGUGGAAUGCUUUCUACCCUUGGAGAUCCUUUCACUCGAAUAAUCAGUCCAAAGGAAUACCAAGGGUUUAGAAUUGGAAGUGAUGGGAACUUACAAGGAGUGGGCCUCUUCAUAAACGCUGAACCAAAAACAGGACAUUUGGUUGUUGUGUCCUGCGUAGAAGGUAGUCCAGCUGCUCGUGCCGGUAUACAUCAAGGAGAUGAAUUGGUGGAGAUAAAUGGGGAGAGGCUCGAUGGCAUUGAUAGUGAAGCUGCAGCACGGAGGUUGAGAGGGAAUGCAGGAACAACUGUUACAGUAAAGGUCAAAGACUCAGGACACAAGUAUGGUAUUCGAGAGGUCAAAAUACCACGUGAGUACAUCAAGCUCUCUCCAAUAUCCAGCGCCAUCAUUCCUCACAGAUCCCUAGAUGGAAAGCUUACAAAAACCGGCUAUGUAAAAUUAUCAGCCUUCUCUCAGACUGCCGCUGAAGACAUGAAGAAUACUAUUGAGGAGUUGGAAAAGCAAGGAGUGCACUCAUACAUACUGGAUCUACGCAAUAAUCCAGGUGGUCUGGUAAAAGCAGGCCUUGAUGUUGCUCAGAUGUGGUUAGAUGGAGAUGAGACUCUGGUGAACACUGUUGAUAGAAGCGGAAAUAUGUUACCAAUUAAUAUGGUCAAUGGCCAUGCUAUUACUCACGAUCCUCUCGUAGUCCUUGUAAAUGAGGGAAGCGCUAGUGCCAGUGAGAUUUUAGCCGGGGCAUUACAUGAUAAUGGCCGAGCUAUUCUUGUGGGCCACAAAACAUUUGGUAAAGGAAAGAUUCAGAGCGUAACAGAGCUUCAUGAUGGUUCAGCACUUUUUGUUACAGUAGCAAAAUAUUUAUCACCAGCGCUUCAUGACAUAGAUCAGGUUGGGAUAGCACCAGAUGUGCAAUGUACAACAGAAAUGCUAAAUCCAGCCAAAGAGAUCUCAAAUAAAAAUAAGAGUUCGGUCUCAUCUUUGGAGGCAGAUUCCUGUGUUAUGAUAGCAGAGCAUGAAUUGGACGUCGAAGAGUCCAAAGGCACUGCUUCUUGACAACUUGGACUUUUCCCAUACACAUUUCAUUCAAUUAUAGUCGAAAAGGAGGUUAAUUGUGUGCUAUUAUGUCAGCCAGUACAUUAAUUUGUACAGUGUACAUUGUGAUUACUAAUUAGCAACUGUGGACAAAAGAUAAGAACUCACUGUAUAUUAUAUCGUGCAAUAAAGGAAACCAAAAGUUACCAAACA